AUGCCCUCGGAACGCGCCAAAGUGGCGAAACUUGCGGUCCUGGAUCGUCUAUACCGGCUGCGUCGUCCACAAUACCCCCUGGAACCUCGGUUCGAUCACCAGUUGGAAGAUCGCGACAUCCCUGUUAUGCGUUACGGGAUACCUCUGACCGACGAGGAAUUGGUGAAGUGUGCCGAAGCACUACGGGUCGCUCCUGUGAUCUAUAAGCCAACACCAGGGGGAGACGAGGAGGACGAUGACAUACCUUCGGAGGAGGAUCAAAAGCGCGACUCGUACUACCUCAUUCGCACCCGCGAUAGAUUGAGCCGCCAUUUGAAGAACUUCAAAAGGUUCCCCGAAACCACUACAAUCGCGGACUCUUCCGAUGGCACCAAGCAAAUCCGGGUCCUGAAAGAGCCUCGGGCUACGCACGAUCUAAGCGUUAAGUGGUAUUGGGACCUUGAGAUCUGCGGCUGGAAGUAUUCCGCUCCGUGGCCGGAGUUCAAUAUCUGGUCCGACGAAGAGUACCUCAAGGGCAUCAAGAGAGUUUAUUACUCGGGCACCAAACAUUGUACUUCUUCUCGGUCACUGGAAACGCACGACCCAGAAGAACGGGGACGUCGCUCUUCUAGAAAUGGAUGA